AUUCCAAAGCUGCAGACAAGAACAGCACCACGUCUCAUUCUUGCCAUCAUACAUAGCAUCUCGAUCCUGGAGAUUCUAAGUAAGCAAAGCCUGGCUCGAUCGCAUCGUCUAUAUUAACACUCAUUCGAUAGCUAGCUGGUUGUCAGUUGUCACAAGAGUAUUCUGAAGCACAAGUGUGAGAGGCAGAGCGAUGAAAGGAAGCCAGAGCCACGAGCUGCAGACCGACGUCCCGGCCGCCGAGCUAUGGGAGAUCUACGGCACGCUCCGCGCCGCCGAGCUGCUGCCUGAGCUGCUCCCCCACAUCCUCGCCAAGGUCGAGCUCGUCAGCGGCGACGGCGGCGUCGGCACCGUCGUGCAGCUGACAUUCCCUCCGGGAAUUCCUGGAAUGCAGAGUUACAAGGAGAGAUUCAUCAGAGUGGACAACGAGAACUACAUCAAGGAGGCAGAGGCGAUCGAGGGCGACAUCCUGAAGCUGGGCUUCCUCUCGUACAUGAUCCGGUUCGAGAUCAUCCGGAAAGGCCCCAACACUUCAGUGAUUAGAUCGACUGUUGAGUACGAGAUUAGUGAUGGGCGUCCAGAGCUCCAAGCUAUGGUUAGUACCGCGUCCUUGGCUGCGACUGCAGAAAAAUUCGCAGAGUACAUCAAGAAGCAGAACUUAGCUCAGCCCAGCACUUGAAAUAGCAAAUGUAUCGGGAGAAAUAAAUGUGACACAUGAUCUCACCGUUGUGCCUGUUUGCACAAACAUCCUGUGCACUGAUAACCGAAAUUAAACAUCAAUCAUUAACGU